AUGGCAAGCACCGACAGCAACGGCCAAGGCAACUCCCCCGUCUCCUCCGUCGAGGAGUUCACCCAAACCGCCUUCGACUUUAUCAUCUGCGGCGGGGGUACAGCCGGAUGCGCCAUCGCAGCACGCCUGAGCGAGGACCCCAGCGUCACCGUUGGAAUCGUCGAAGCAGGCAGAUACGCCAUUGACGAUCCGGUAAUCGACUCUCCCGCGGGGUUUUUCCAGGCAUUCGAGAACCCAGACUACGACUGGUGUCUGUACACCGCGCCGCAGACAGGCAACAAUGGCAAAGUCCAUCAUAUACCGCGUGGAAAGGUCCUGGGUGGCUCCAGCGCAAUCAACUACAUGAUGUACGUCCGGGGAUCACUGCAGGACUACGACGACUGGGCUGAGCUGGCCGGUGAUGACGGCUGGUCUGCGGCGUCGAUGAAGCAGUACAUGCGCAAGCACCAGUCCGUCAACACAGCAAUAGUCGACGCCCCCUCCCCCAUCGUCGCAGAGAACCACGGCACCACCGGCCCAAUCCGCACCAGCUUCAACGACGCAUAUCUGCCCCUCGACACUGAAAUCGUCAAAGCCGCCGCCGAAACGACCAAUCUCCCAAACAAGCCCGUUGACGCCUGGAGCGGCGACCACAUUGGCUUCUACCAUACCCUCGGUGCAGUCGCGCGCUCAGGGCCCAACGCCGGUAAACGCAGCUACGCCGGACGCGAGUACUACGAUGCCAACUCGUCACGUCCCAAUCUCAAGCUCCUCUGUCAAGCACGAGUCAACCGCGUCCUCCUCGACGGCACCAAAGCCACCGGCGUAAGUAUUAGCGUAGACGGUAAAGAGUACACUGUCUCCGCAACCCGCGAGGUCAUCGUCUGCGGCGGCACCAUCCAAUCCCCCCAGAUCCUCGAGCUCUCAGGAAUCGGCGACCCAGCCGUGCUCGCCGCAGCAGGCGUAGAAUGCAAAAUCGAGAACCCCGCUGUCGGAUCCAACGUACAGGACCACAGUCUCAGCCUCAUUAUCUGGGACCUCCACCCCGGAGUCGUCAGCUUAGACACGCUCUACCAAGUCCCCGAAGCCAUGCAAGGCGCAGUACAGCAGUACGCAGAAACAGGAACCGGCCCGCUGAGUGCUGUCUCCGGCACGCAGGGGUUUUUCCCUGCCAAACGCAUCCUGUCUGAAUCCGAGCUGGCCGAGAUGGUCCAGAGUAUCCGGGAUAUCAAACCGAGUACCCCGUUCCAUGAGAAACAGCUCCAGCAGGUGGUUGCCCAUCUGGAGAGCGACAUCUCCGCGAACAUGCAGUUCGUUUUCCUACCUGCAACGUUUAACCCCAAGGACGGGCCUGAGCAUCAAUCUAAGCUCGUUUCCCCGCCGGCGCCAGGUCAACCAGCCGGUGUCAGUGCUGCGCUUUGUAUCCAGUAUCCUGUCUCUAGGGGGUACAUCCAUAUCCAAAGCAAUGACCCCGCCCAACCCCCAAUCAUCCAACCAAACUACAUCACCGAAGAAGCAGACGUAACCCUCAUCGCCGCAUUCCUUCGCUGGGCCGACAAAGUUGGACUCUCCCCCUCUGUCUCCUCCUCCAUCGCCCGCCGCACAUUCCCACACCCAGAUCUCGACAUACAAGACCUAUCGCAGGCGAAGCAGGCCGUGCGCGACGCCGUAGUCGGAGAAUACCACAUCUGCGGAUCCGUCGCAAUGGGGGACGCGCUGGACUCGAACCUUCGUGUUAAGGGGGUGCAGGGUCUGCGUGUUGCUGAUGCAUCUGUGUUUCCAAAUAAUGUUAGUGGGAAUAUCAUGUCCAGUGUUUAUGCUGUUGCGGAGAGGGCGGCGGAUUUGGUGAAGAAAGACCAUGGACUUAUUUAG